AUGAAGAGAUUUUUUGGUGCUUCAAAGACUCCUCAAGGUCCAACCUUGGAUGAAGCAACAAAGAGAUUGGAUGGUAGUAUGGGAUCAAUUGAUGAUAAGAUAAGAAAGAUGGAUCAAGAAAUAGCAGUAUAUAGAGAACAGAUGAAAAAGUGUCGUCAAGGAACACCAGCAUACAACGGUAUAAAGAAUAAGGCCGUUAGAGUGCUGCAACAAAAGAAAAUGUACGAAAGACAACGUGAACAACUCAUGACACAACAAUUUAAUAUGGAGCAAACCAAGUUUGUCACUCAAAACAUGCAAGAUACCAUUACGACGGUCGCUGCCAUGAAGCAAGGUGCAAAGGCGAUGAAACAACAAUUCAAACAUUUAGAUAUCGACGAUAUCGACAAUCUACAAGACGAUAUGCAAGACAUGGUCGAUUUCAGCAAUGAAGUACAAGAAUCAUUGUCACGUGCAUACCAAACACCAGAUACUCUAGAUGAAUCGGCUCUCGAAGAAGAGCUCAUGUCUAUGGACGAUGAAUUGGAUAUGGAAUCUACACCAUCUUAUCUUUUGGCACCCUCUGCUCCAACUUCUGAACCAUCACUUGAUGAAUAUGGUCUUCCAGAACCUUCAGCUCAACAUGCUGUUCAUUAA